AUGCCUGCUUCCGUUCCUGUUAGGCUUCCGUUACUCUCUCUCCGUCUCUCCCUCUCUCUCUCUUUCUCUCUCUCACUCUCUCUCUCACUCUCACUCUCUCUCCCCCUCUCUCCUCUCUCCCUCCCCUCUCUCUCAAUCUCUCUCCUCUCUCCCCCUCUCUCUCACUCUCACUCUCUCCCUCUCUCUCUCCCCCUCUCUCUCUCUCUCUGCAAAGGGUUGAUAAGCCGUAAAAAUGAAUCAAUCAAUUGCUUUCUUUCUUUACUUUAUAUUUUCUUCUUUCUUUUUUUUUUUUACAUUCUAUCCAUCUUUUUUUCUUUUCUUUUUUUCUUCCUUUCUUUACAUCUCUUAUCCCUUCUACUUUCUUUACUGCUUUACGUUUUCUUCUAUUUGUUGUUUCAAUUCUGCCUUUCGGUCAGAUAUUAUUCACUUCUUUUUUUUUCAUUAUUUAUUCUUCCUCCUUUAAUUCUUGCCUCUAUUCCUCCCUUUCGUAUUUUUUUAAGUCCCUCCCUUUCGUAUUUUUUUAAGUCCCUCCCUUUCGUAUUUUUAAGUCCCUCCCUUUCGUACUUUUUUAAGUCCCCCCCUUUCUCCCUUCCUUCAACUCUUUUUUCCCCUUAUUUACUUUCCGUCCUUCUGUCUUUUUAUGUCACUUCCUUUAAAUAUUUCUUUUCUUUUCCACCUCUUCCCCCUUUCUCUUUUUUUAAAUUUUUCCUUUCCUUCCUUACGUCUUUUUCACCUCUUUCGUUCCACCCUUUCUUCUGUUUUAUCCCUUUCUUUUCUUCUUUAUGGCUUUGUAAGCCCCCUUCCGUCAACUUUUCUUUCUUUUUCUUUCUUUCUUUUCUUCCUUUUGUUCCUUUUCUCCAAUUCUUUUUCCUUUUCCUUUCUUCCUUCCCUUCCUUCUGUUUUAAGCCCCCUCCUACAAUUCUUUUUCUUUUUUCAUUUCUUUCUUUCCUUCUUUCUGUCUUUUUAAGCAACUUCCUCCAUCUCUUUUUUUCUUUCUUUCUUUCCUUCCUUUUUUUUUCAGUCCCUUCCUUGCUCUCUUUUUUUAUUUUUUUUCUUUCUUUCUAA